GCUGAACUUUUAGUUCAUUUCAUUUCCCCCCCUCCAGCCUGAGCCACAGGCAUGCAUGUAGGAAACUGUUCAGAGAGUGAGCAGACAUUAGAACCGAGAGAGGGAUCCUUGGAGAUGGAAGAUAAGAGAGCCGUGAAUGUGACCUCAGCGCGGUGGGUGAUCAAAGUCACUUACCUCCUGACGGCUGUGGAUCAGACCUGCAUGCUCGUGCAGUUUGGGAUUGUUCCAUAUUUGGCAACUAACUUAGGUUUGGAUGCAAUUGGAUUUGGCUACUUGCAAUCAUUCUUUGGGAUUCUUCAGCUUCUGGGUGGCCCCAUCUUUGGAAGGUUUGCUGACCAGUUUGGAACCAGAACUGCCUUGACUCUCUCAUAUUUGGCUGGAUCUCUGUGCUUCUUGCUCCUCUCUAUGUCCAUCAGUGUCCCCCUACUUUUUCUUUCCAGAGUUCCAGCCAUCUUCAUUCAUGGAUUACCAGGUGCACAGAUGGUUAUAACAGAUUUGACAACUCUUGCCAAACGUCCCGAUGCUUUAGGAAAGCUUGGACUUUGUUUUGGAAUAGGAGUAAUUCUUGGAUCUUCCCUGGGUGGUAUCUUAACCACAAACUUUGGUGUUGGUGUUUCUUGCUAUGUUGCAGUCGUUGGAUAUCUUACCUGUGCUUUGAUGGCUCUUCUUUGUAUUCCUGCCCAGACAAAGCCACAGUCCAAGGGAAAUGAAGCACAUCAGGGCACAUCCCAGUCCAGUAGUGUUUUUAGCCUCCACGAAAUUAUUCACCUGUUGACACUUCCAGGAGUAAUGGAUGUUUUCUUAAUCAAAGUCCUUUCUGUAUUUCCUACAGGGGUGUUCCUAAUUAUGCUUUCCAUCAUAUCCAUCGAUUUCUUUGGUCUGGAAGUUGCUCAUGCUGGAUAUUUGAUGUCCUAUAGUGGAAUUCUUCAAAUGGUUGUCCAGGGUGUUGUAAUUGGAAGAUUAACCAACCGCUAUUCUGAUCGGACUUUGCUUAUGCUGAGUGUCAUUGUUUUGUGUGGAGUUGGCACUGCUAUGGUCCUGAUGACCAGCGUAUUUCACUAUUGCCUCAUUGUGCCCCCCAUGGUGUUUUCCUUCAGUAUUGUCAGUGUCAUUACUGAUAUCAUCCUGACCAAAUCAGUCCCUGCUUCUGACACCAGUGCCAUGCUGGGAAUCAGUGCUUCAGUUACUCCACUGAUACGGACAUUUGGCCCAACAAUAGGAGGAUUUCUAUACAGAAGAUUUGGGGUUUCCUCCUUUGGUUAUUUACAGCUAAUGGUGAAUGUAUCUCUGUUUUUUUAUCUGUUGAAGAAGAAGAUCCCUCAGAAAGAAGAGAAAGCUCAAUGAUUAAUUCCAUGAAUAUUGUUGAUACAAAGAAUAAAGAAGGGUCAUGUUUUAA